AGUCGACACACGAUAAAAGCGACCAAUAAGAGUGUGGAAUCUAAUUACUAGUACCGCCCCCCGCAGCAUCAGCAUCCAAACCCCCGCUGACGUCACGCACUCCGCUGUGUGCGGUAAACAGCGGCGGUGAGCGGCUGCGGAAGGAUGCCGACCCAACCGCGGGUCUGAGGCGACAUGCCCGCCGUCCUCUUCUUUAAACCCUCGGCCACCAUCAUCAUCACCCCCACCUACACCCCGCGGCACCGAUGAAGCCUCCCCUGUCGAACCGAAACCGGGCCGAAGGGCGGACAGAGGAGAGAGAGGAUGUUCUGGCGCAUCGGGUUCGCUUGGACCCGCUCGUGCGUGCUUGAGCUGGGCCGGAACAAGAGCUUCUCUCUGAGCUUAUGCGGGUUCGAGGAGCCUCUGUCGUUGUAUGGGUACAUCAUCGCUUAUCCGCUGCAGGAGUACGGAGGGAUCAUGUCUGCGUUUGUGUCCGACACCUGGUGGAGGAAGACGCUCUACAUCACCGGGGGCGCGCUGCUCGCCGCCGCUGCAUAUUUACUACACGAGCUACUAGUCAUCAGAAAGGAACAGGAGUUGGACUCUACAGACGCCAUCAUUCUACAUCAAUUUGCCCGACCCAACACUGGAGUCCCUAGCCUGUCCCCCUUUUGCCUCAAGAUAGAAACAUAUCUACGGAUGGCAGACCUGCCCUACCAGAACUAUUUCGAUGGGAAGUUGUCUCCUCAAGGGAAAAUGCCAUGGAUCGCUUAUAAUCAGGAGCAGGUGUGUGGAACAGAUUUCAUCAUUGACUUCCUGGAGGAGAAGCUCGGCGUGAAUCUCAACUCCAACCUGAGUCCUCAGGAGAAAGCCAUCUCGCGUGCCAUUACCAAAAUGGUGGAGGAGCACUUUUACUGGACGAUCGCGUACUGUCAGUGGGUUGACAAUGUGGAGGAGACGCAGAAGAUGUUGGCGACGAACGGGCCGCUGAGUGACCUGCUGAAGUGGAUCUUGAGUCAGGUGACCGGUGGGAUCGUAAAACAGGAGAUGUACGGCCACGGGAUCGGACGUUUCUCUAAAGAGGAGGUUUACACCCAGAUGGAGAAAGACAUGCGCACACUUGCCACACUACUUGGCAAUAAAAAGUAUCUAAUGGGCCCUGAGAUUUCCACAGUAGAUGCUGCCGUGUUUGGUCAUCUCGCUCAGGCCAUGUGGACUCUUCCUGGAACACGUCCGGAACAGCUUAUCAAAGGCGAGUUCAUCAAUCUGGCCAUGUACUGCGAACGAAUCCGCCGGAAAUUCUGGCCGGAAUGGUUCGUGGACGUCGACGACCUUUAUUACGACGGACUGAGCGAAGAACCGGCUUCUCCUUCCCAGCUUCCGGAUUUGGGUCUCUACUCACACAGCGACAGCUUCCAGGAGCAGGAAAGCCGUCCCUCGCACCGCGAAACACAGACUCCAGACAGCGACAACACCGGACGCUCUCUGUUUGAUUCAGACAUGGACACUGACGCGUCGGAAAUGGAGCAGCUGAAGGGUUAACCACACCCCUGAUGGCCACACCCCUUUCGUUCUCCCACGAACCCAUUAGCAGUGCAAUGGGUGGUCAAAUAAAGAUGUCACCGUGCUGAAAUAGCAGCGGUUUCUCCAGACUCUGACCAAUAAUGUGGACACUGAAGGUAUUAUGAAAAAUUACUGAGAGAAAGAAAUUUUAUGAAAUAGACCCGGGAAUACAAAUCAUAAGGAUGCACAAAUAAAAAAAAAUCAAGAAAUGAAAAGGAGUGAAUGACGUUUCUACUGAAUCACUCCUGCCGCAGUGUGACAUCAUCAUUGUGCUCAAUGACAUCACCACCAUUAUGUGACCGUCCGUUCUGACAUUUAUGAUUAUUAUUAUAAUACGGGUAGUCAGUGCAAAAGAAGGAUUUUAGGUAAUGAUUGAUAAAAUGUAGAUAGAUAUUGUGUGGUUCCUAAAACACUUUUUGCCUUUACUGAUUUGAACUGCAUAUCUGUGUGUAAAGUUUUAUUUAAGGCAGAUUUCCAAAGAGAAAAGACGUUGUUUAGAAAGACGGGGAGAAGUGAUGUGAUUUUAACGAGUAAAAACUAGCAACGAAGAGACAUUAUCAAAUCUAUGUUGACAUCAUUCUGGAAAACAUUAUGGACUGUUAGUCUGCAUGCUCAGCUCAUUGUCUUAAGUUCACCUAAAAAUUCAACCAUU